AUGGCAGCUAUGGAGAUCUGGCAGAACUCUGUCUUCAUAGAGUCAUUCUUCAAGGCACUCUUUGGCACAGAUGAUAUGGAUCUCAAGACAAGACUAUUGGAAAGUUUGGGUCAACAGUCACUCUAUGCUCAAGCCAUGUGCUCUGUUUCAAUUCCUGCAAAAAUGAUUGAUAUACUUGUACUCACCAUGGUCUACAGUCACUCAAGGCUUGAGCCACAUGCUCUGUUUCAAUUCCUGCAAAAGUGGCUCUUUGCCCUCUUCAAGAAGCCCAGUAAUCCUGCUCCCACUGUCACCUUUGUUUCAUCUUCUCUCACCUUUGUUUUGUCUGCUCUCACCAUCCUUUCAUCUGCUCUUGCCUCUGCUUCUUCUGCCAACACCUCAGCUCUGAUUGCAGCCUCUGCCCAGACAGUCACAUCUCCCCACUUGCACAUCUUCUGUUGCACUUGCAUGUGA